AUCUGUAUAUAUGUAUAUCUUUGAAUAAUGAGUAUGGACUUCUCUCUAGGAAUUUCAGUGUCGUCUUCUUCUUUAGCUUUUCUUUGAGCUUUUCUGUAAAUACCCAAAUCUCCCAAAGCCGCAACAAAAAAUGUUUAUUAUUGUCAAAUUAUUUGAUCUUUUCUGUGAAGUCUUCUUCUUAGCUAUUGUAGAAUGUAGAGGAAAUUGGGCAAAAAAAAAAAAGGAAUGUAGAGGUGGCAAAGAAUUGAAAAGAAAAAUAUUUGCACUAAUUAGUCGUUCAGAUUUCUUUGCUAUUCAUUAUCGUUACUUUCGAGCGGGAUUUUUUCUGAAAUCUAUUUUCGGAAAGAUUCUCUCUGCAAACAGAUGGAGCUGAAACUCCGCAUUAGUUAUGUCACUAUCUGAACGGACGAUGUUACUGGCCCCAAAAAACUCCCUCAAAAUCUCAUGUGUAUCAUAUGGGAAUGUUGUUAGCUUUGGGAGUUUAGAAUUAUUCUUCUGAUCGCAGUAUGCUUUUGAGGUGAUGAAGGGUUACGGAGGCAUAUUAAAAUUUUUCAGAAUUGAAAUAGUGAUCCUAGUUUCCACAAUGUGUUCUUACAUUGUUCUCCGGUGCAACCAUUAUUACUGAGGAUCAUGUCUCCCUCCCUAUGAUCUCGUUUUUUAUUUUUUUUUCAAUUUGCUUUGAUUAUUUAGUACAUCUAUUGUCCAAUGAACUAACAUAUGCUUUCAGCACGUAAAUUAUUGACUUUUCUUGCUCUUGGUGCGAUAAACCUGGAAGGGGGCCUUUCUAAUUUUUUACUCUGAACCAGUGGCUUCAUUAAGAGUAGUUCCUGCAUCCAGUUUAAGAGAACCUAGUGGAAGUAUGGCUGGUGUGGAUAGUUUGCCUGACGAGAUGAGUGACAUGAAAAUAAGGGAUGACAAGGAAAUGGAAGCGAUGGUCAUUCAUGGUAAUGGGACAGAGGCAGGUCAUAUAAUUGUGACAACCAUUGGUGGUAGAAAUGGAGAGCCAAAGCAGACAAUUAGCUAUAUGGCUGAGCGGGUAGUUGGGCAAGGGUCAUUUGGAGUGGUGUUCCAGGCAAAGUGUUUAGAGACUGGUGAAGCUGUUGCAAUUAAAAAAGUUCUUCAAGACAAGAGGUACAAGAACCGGGAGCUGCAAACUAUACGUCUUCUAGACCACCCAAAUGUUGUCUCUCUAAAGCACUGUUUUUUUUCAACAACUGAAAAGGAUGAGCUCUACCUUAACUUGGUAUUGGAGUAUGUCCCCGAGACUGUUCAUCGGGUGAUCAAACACUACAACAAGAUGAAUCAAAGGAUGCCCAUGAUAUAUAUUAAACUUUAUACUUACCAGAUUUUUAGAGCGCUGGCUUACAUUCAUGGUGGUAUUGGAGUAUGCCACAGGGACAUUAAGCCUCAAAACCUAUUGGUCAAUCCACAUACUCAUCAGGUGAAAUUAUGCGACUUCGGAAGUGCGAAAGUUUUGGUAAAAGGAGAGCCAAACAUUUCUUACAUCUGUUCUAGGUACUACCGAGCACCUGAACUUAUAUUUGGAGCGACCGAGUACACCACUGCUAUAGACAUCUGGUCUGCUGGGUGUGUUUUUGCUGAAUUACUGCUUGGCCAGCCCCUUUUUCCUGGCGAGAGUGGGGUGGAUCAGCUUGUGGAAAUCAUAAAGGUUUUGGGUACCCCUACAAGGGAGGAAAUAAAGUGCAUGAAUCCCCACUACACAGAGUUCAAAUUUCCACAGAUUAAAGCUCAUCCAUGGCACAAGAUAUUCCACAAACGUAUGCCAGCAGAAGCUGUGGAUCUUGUAUCAAGACUACUGCAGUACUCUCCAAAUCUUCGUACCACGGCACUGGAGGCUUUGAUCCAUCCUUUUUUUGAUGAACUACGUGACCCUAACACCCGUCUGCCAAAUGGACGUUUUCUUCCUCCGCUUUUCAACUUUAAGCCUCAUGAACUUAAGGGAGUGCCGUCGGAUAUUCUGGGGAAGUUGAUUCCAGAGCAAGCAAGAAAGCAAUGUGCAUUCCUUUUUGGUUUGUGAAGCUGGUUGCAGUCGUUUUUUUGUUUUAGAAAUGUGCUUUACUUGUUGUGGAAAGCAAUCUUGUGGCCUUGAUUGGAAUAGAUCUUGUUGAAGCUAUCUGUUUUUUUUUCCCUCCAUUGAUUUUGUUUCCUUUUGUUUAAUCUGUAUUUAUCUUGUAAUGGUGGAAACGCUAAGGUUCUGUUCAAUAUCUCUAGAAUUGAGUAGUGUACUAGCUGACGCAUAUUGUAAGUCUAUAACACAAAUGCAAAGAUUGAUUUCUU